AUGGCUUUUAAGCUGUUCAAUUUUUUUGCCCUUCUAUUAGUCCUCUGUGGGCUUGCCUUUGCCGACUAUGGCGCACUCUCAUCUGAAGUGAUGGUGACGCCUGUUUAUGCCAGGCAAAGCGAUCAUUUGGUAUACCGCGAAAACGGCACCCUUGCCAAUAGUUCCAUAGUCGCGUCGCCGUCUUCUACGAUUAAUUCGCCUUCUAAAAGCACAAAUAAACGGCUAUUAAACGUCGACUUGACAAAUCUUGUCAUGCAAGAGCCUGGAUUUGCCCUUCUCAGCCUAUCAUUCGCAGUCAUAAGCGGCGGCAUGAUAUUCCUCUAA